AUGGCUUUCUUCGGGAACCCUGAUCCACCCAACAGCACUCCACCGCUCGAUUUCCCAUUUAGCGAGGACUUUUUCUCCGAGACAAGUGGCUUGGCUGAUACAAACCAUGGUCAGGGCCGUCGUGACUCUGAUAUCCCCGGAGAUGAGCUGCCCCAAUACCUGGGAGUCAUUGGUCCAACGUAG